AUGGGUAGCUGGCAGGACCUCGUCGCGGACAAGAAGCUCAGGCAGCAAGCCGCCAUCCCGCUCGACUGGGUGCUCAAGUCGCCUCCGGCCCCUGAUGUGCUCGAUGUCAGGACGUUCCCCGACAGCCCCCAAUGCGGUGUACUAUCGGAGAGGGAGAUCACGAUCACGAACGCGGUCGACGUCGAGCUCCUGCUUGCCAAGCUAGCAUCUGGGGAGUGGUCGUCUGUGGAAGUGACCACUGCAUACUACAAACGAGCUAUCAUUGCACACCAGCUGGUCAAUUGCUUGACUGAGAUAUUUGUCGAUCGUGCCCUGCAGAGGGCUCGGGAACUCGACGAGCAUCUGAAGACUACCGGCAAGGUGGUAGGCCCGUUGCAUGGUCUCCCGAUCUCACUCAAGGACCAAAUCCCUAUCAAAGGCCUCGAAUGUACCAUGGGAUACGCUUCAUGGAUAGGUCGAUACUUUGAGAAAGAUGCAGUCAUGACCCAAGUUUUGUAUGCUUGCGGGGCAGUGCCAUUCGUCAUGACAAACGUGCCACAGACUCUUAUGUGGUCAGAGACGUACAACCUUGUGUUUGGUCGGACCUCCAACCCCGCCAACCGCACGCUCACAUGCGGUGGAUCGUCCGGCGGCGAGGGCGCGCUCGGUGGGAUGAAAGGCACUCCUCUGGGCAUCGGGUCUGACAUCGGCGGCUCCGUCCGAUACCCGAGCGCCUUUAACGGACUCUAUGGUCUCCGCCCCUCUUACCAUCGCAUCCCCUACUCUGGAUGCGUCAACAGCCUCAUGGGCCAAGACUCGGCCCCGUCCGUACUCGGCCCGAUAUCCGGCAGCCUCUCUGGAGUCCGCGCGUUCAUGAAGGCCGUCAUUGGGCAGCAGCCAUGGCUCCUUGACCCGCUCGUUGUCCGGAAGCGAUGGAUCGAGGAGGAGUACCAGCUCGCCGAUCACGGCUUCGGGAAGCAGCUUUGUUUCGCCCUUAUGGAAGACGACGGGAUCGUGCUUCCCCACCCUCCCCUUCAACGCGCCAUGAAGAUGACGGCAGACGCGUUGCGCGCGGCUGGCCACAAAGGUGCGCUUCGCUCGUGCUUCGCUGCCAUCUGGCUCGCUGGCGCACUCGAAGAUAUCGAUGCGGUCACCGCGGCCAGCGGCGAGCCACGCAUUGAGAGCAUGGCGAUGCCCGGGGCCCAAGCAGUCGACACGGGGAUGGGCUACCCGGCAGGCAUUUCGGCGUACGAGAACUGGCAACUGCACAAGCAGCGCACUGCCCUGCGCGAGGAGUACCUCGCUCUGUGGCAAGCCAGCGCGGCCGAGACGGGGACCGGACGCCCGGUCGACGCAAUCAUCUUACCCGUCGCGCCGUCCGCUGCCCCGCCUCAUGGCAAGAGCAUCAUUGCGACGUACACCGUGCUCGGUAACAUCAUGAACUACCCAGCUUGCGUGUUCCCGGUCACUACGGUUGACCCCGUCCAAGACCCUGUGCAAAAGAGGGAGACCUUCAUGAGUCCGACAGACGAAGAGAAUUACAACCUCUACCAUCCUGACACCUUCAAGAACGCUCCCGUCAGCUUGCAGCUUAUGGGUCAGACUUUGGAGGAGGAAGCGGUACUUGCAAUGACCGAGAUUGUCGAUAACGCACUCAAAAGCAAGUUCGGAGUCGUGAAGAAAUGA